AUGGUGGCAGCCAAGAAGAAAACACAGAAGACUGGCAUACUGGCCACAUCUGGUGCCAGUAAUGAGUGGGCCCAGCCCUAUACGCAGGGGCCAGCGCGCACCUCCAGCCUGCUGGCGCCCAUCAUGCUGCUGACCGGGCACAGCGGCGACAUAUUUGCAACUAGGUUCCACCCGGAGGGCCAGUUCCUCGCCUCCACAGGCUUCGACCGACAAAUACUGCUGUGGAACACGUACGGAGAGUGUGAGAACUUCGCCUGCAUGGCGGGCCACACGGGGGCCGUGAUGGAGCUGUGCUUCUCCACCGACGGCGACCGGCUCUACACGGCCAGCACCGACAAAACGGUGGCGAUCUGGGAUGUGGUCAGCGGCCUGCGUGUCCGAAAACUGCGUGGUCACACGACGUUCGUGAACGCGGUGUCGGCGGCGCGGCGUGGGCCGACCCAGCUCUGCUCAGGCGGCGACGACUCGACCGUGCGGGUCUGGGACGGUCGCAAGAAGACGCCCAGCGCCACCCUCCAGACCACCUACCAGGUCACGGCCGUUUCCUUCAACGACACUGCCGAGCAAGUGUUCUCCAGCGGGCUCGACAACGAGGUCAAGGUGUGGGACCUGCGCAAGAACGCCGUGCUGUACCGGAUGAAGGGACACUCAGACACAGUGACGGGCAUGUCCGUGUCGCCGGACGGGUCGUACCUGCUCACCAACGCCAUGGACAACUCGCUGAGAAUCUGGGACGUGCGCCCGUUCGCGCCCAGUGAGCGCUGCCUCAAGAUUCUCACCGGCCACCAGCACAACUUCGAGAAGAACUUGUUACGGUGCGACUGGUCGCCAGAUGGCAGAAAGGUAACGGCCGGUAGCUCUGACCGCUACCUGUACAUCUGGGACACGACCAGCCGGCGAAUCCUGUACAAGCUGCCCGGUCACAACGGCAGCGUCAACGACUGCCGCUUCCACCCGACAGAGCCCAUCUUGGCGUCCUGCUCCAGCGACAAGCAGAUCUACCUGGGGGAGAUCGAGUAGCGCGGCCGGGCGGAUCACUGUCACCUCAUCUGCAUCAUCGUGUGCGCGCUGGCGGUGUCGUCUCAUUCCCAUCAUGUCGGCCGGCCAGGGUGGCCGGCGUCAACCGUACCAGCGGUGGCGCUGGUCGGCGCGGCCGCCGCCCGCUCGUGCUCCGCCAACCCGGGCUUUGUACCGAGCGUGUGCGCCUGGGACGCUGGCGCUCCGAGGAGCUGCUCCCGGCCCCGGCGCCCGCUCCGGGAGCACCGGGCGACCCCGGCCUGUGGCCUCCCCGCCGACC